GCUCGAGCCUGCCCGAAAAUGUUCUCCCGUGUUGUUGAAUUUCGAAGGAGCGCAGGACUUUGCGGGGAAAUAAUACCUUCUUAUCCGUGAGGGAAACAAAAACAAAGCGCAUGGUUCGCUACUAAAGUCGGUCGGGGUGCCGUUUUUGGAUGAAGGUGUGAUUUUGGGGAAGUUUGUGUGACCCUUUUUAUUUAUUUUUGUUCCCCUGGAGUGAUGUCGAACCCUGGGAGUCGGAGGAACGGGUCCAGCAUCAAAAUCCGACUGACAGUAUUAUGUGCCAAGAACCUCGCAAAGAAAGACUUCUUUCGCCUACCGGAUCCAUUUGCCAAGGUCGUGGUGGACGGGUCGGGUCAGUGCCACUCCACAGACACAGUCAAGAGCACACUAGAUCCCAAGUGGAAUCAGCAUUAUGACCUCUACAUUGGAAAGACAGACUCCAUCACCAUCAGUAUAUGGAACCAUAAGAAGAUCCAUAAACGACAGGGGGCAGGUUUUUUGGGGUGCAUACGCCUGCUUUCCAACGCUAUCAGCAGGCUAAAAGACACAGGAUACCAGCGUCUCGAUCUGUGUAAGCUGAACUCCUCCGACAGUGACGCAGUGAGGGGGCAGAUUGUAGUGAGCUUACAGACACGAGAUCGGAUCGGCAGCGGCGGCCCUGUUGUGGACUGCAGAGGACUGUUGGAAAACGAUGCGCCUGUUUUUGAGGGGUGCUUCAGUGAGGAACCGCUGCCUUACUCUGACCCCACUGGUGCUGCGGGGGGCGGGAACUGCCGGCUGGACUCCCCGGGUCAGGAGAGCCGUCUUCAGUCACAGCGAAUCAGAGGGCAGGACUCCAGAGGUCAUGGCAACACCCCUCAGAACAGACCUCACGGGCAUCAGCAGCCGCCUGACCUGCCGGAGGGCUACGAGCAGCGAACAACCGUUCAGGGCCAGGUGUACUUCCUUCACACGCAGACUGGGGUCAGCACCUGGCACGACCCUCGGAUACCUCGGGACCUGGCCAGCGUGAGUUGUGAGGAACUUGGUCCAUUACCGGUGGGCUGGGAGGUCCGGAGCACCGUGUCUGGACGCAUCUACUUUGUGGAUCACAACAACAGAACCACACAGUUCACAGAUCCACGUCUGCACACCCUUAUCAGCCAGCAACCCCAAGUGAAGGAAACCUCCCAGGCSCCUCAGAUGGACGUGGGGGUUGACGAGGGUGGGGUCGGAGGAGUGAGCGGAGGCGGAGGAGGAGGAGAUGGAGACGUGGCGGUGCGCUAUGAAAGAGACUUGGUGCACAAGUUGAAGCUGCUCCGCCACGAGCUGUCGCUGCAGCAGCCUCAAGCCGGACACUGUCGCAUCGAGGUGUCCCGCGAGGAGAUCUUUGAGGAGUCGUAUCGGCAGAUAAUGAAGAUGAGGCCCAAAGACCUGAAGAAACGACUGAUGGUGAAGUUCAGAGGAGAGGAGGGUCUGGAUUAUGGAGGGGUGGCCAGGGAGUGGUUGUACCUUCUGUGCCAUGAAAUGUUGAACCCGUACUACGGCCUGUUCCAGUACUCCACAGACAACAUCUACACACUACAGAUCAACCCCGACUCUUCCAUCAAUCCUGACCACCUGUCAUAUUUCCACUUCGUGGGUCGGGUCAUGGGCCUGGCGGUCUUCCACAGUCACUACAUCAACGGGAGCUUCACUCUGCCCUUCUACAAGCAGCUGCUCGGCAAACCCAUCCAGCUCAACGACCUGGAGACCACCGACCCUGAGCUGCACAAGAGCCUCAUCUGGAUACUAGAGAACGACAUCACUUCGGUCCUGGAUCACACGUUUUGCGUGGAGCACAACGCAUUCGGGAAGUUCUCACAACACGAGCUGAAACCUAACGGCAGAAAUAUCCCCGUCACGGAGGAGAACAAGAAGGAAUAUGUCAGGCUCUAUGUGAACUGGAGGUUCAUGCGUGGGAUUGAAGCCCAGUUUCUGGCUCUACAAAAAGGUUUCAGCGAGCUGAUCCCGCAGCACCUCCUCAAACCUUUUGACCACAAAGAACUUGAGUUGAUCAUCGGCGGGCUGGGAAAGAUUGACCUCGCAGACUGGAAGGCCAACACCCGCCUGAAGCACUGCACAAGUGAAAGCAGCGUGGUCCGGUGGUUCUGGCAGGUUGUGGAGGACUUCAGCGAGGAGAGGAGAGGGCGCCUCCUGCAGUUUGUGACGGGCUCCACCCGGGUCCCCCUACAGGGCUUCAAAGCGCUGCAGGGCUCUACAGGUUCUGCAGGACCAAGGCUCUUCACCAUCCAUCUGAUAGACGCCAACACUGACAACCUGCCCAAGGCGCACACAUGUUUUAACAGGAUAGACAUCCCUCCCUAUGAGUCUUAUGAGAAACUUUAUGAGAAACUGCUGACAGCUGUGGAGGAGACCUGCGGCUUCGCUGUGGAGUGACGAGUCCACCGCCAAGUCAACACAAACACACGCACAGUUACAUUUGCUUGCACUUCAACAGAACUGUCUAACAUUUUUACACACACACACACACACAGAACUUUGGAGUAAACAUGGAGUAUGCAGUGCAGCCAAGCGUCACAUAAACUUACGGUCUCUUUGCCACUUCUGAACCCGCCGAACUGUUAACGCUUAACAGAGGAAGCACAGCAGGAGGAGGUGGAAAGAAAACAAAAAAAAAGUAUUUUAAAAAUUUUCAAAUGUUUUGAAGAAACAUUUUUAUCCUUCAGUUUUAACAAGCUAUGAUGUCAUUCUGAGGAAUGUCGAAGCAGACGCCAGUCGAGCUUGGCUCUCUGGACAGCAUCAGCCAAUCACACAAGAGCCUCCGAUCUGAGACGGGUUCUCCUCCGCUCCGACAAGCUGAUCGAUCGACUCAUCCAUCGCGUCACUUUUUAACCACUGUCAUGUGUGUCUGUGUGCAUGUGGGAGAGUGAGAAUGUGUGUGUGAGGAUGCAUGUUUUUGUGUGUCAGGCAUGGCACUAUACUGUUUAAAAAAAAAGGUAAAAUGAGCCUCUUUUUUGUCUUUUAUGUUUAUAACUGCGACCACUUGGAUCCACUCUGAUAUUUUAUUAUUUAUUACUAAGUGAUUACUGACCAAGCUGCUAUAUGCUCCACAGUGAGCCAUCACUAAUCUCUUAAUCUACCAGAGCUGAAGGGUCAAUUCUCAAGACAAUGCAAGUAAUCCACAAAGUGGGUUUUUAUUGAAUUUUGUUACUUUUAACCUUCAUGUUACUGUUGACGUGUUUCGAAAGGCACAGUUACAUAAAUUGAAGUGUAAAGGAUUUUUUUCCCCAGCUCUAUUUUUAAAAAGCAAACUCGUGAUGUUAUUAUAAUGCCCAAAUAUAUGUCUUGGAUUUUUAUAUUAAAUAACCAUCAAGGUGAAAAGAAGAAAUCCGCUUUAGAAAUUUAUCCAUGACACAUGUAUUAAAAUCCUUUUAGCCUUUUCAUACACGUUGCGUCAAAUUGUUCUUAUUCAUAAUGUGUCAGGGUUUGUUUGUUUUUUUGCCCUCACUAUAGCCUGAAUGUUAAAAAAAAAUGUAGUCGUCAUCCUUAAAAUUACCAUAAAAACUCCAUAGAAGAGAAAGAAAUCAAACUUUGAUGAGCAAGUAACAGGAAAAAAAGGUGUAGAUUGAAGACUGUUAUUAUUUCAAUCUGCGUUUUCUAUGGUCUAAUUUCACUGUGUAAUGGAUGCAAAUGUAUUGUAACUUACAAUGUACUAAACAUUUAUGAGAAAAUACAAUGUAAAUAAGAUUAUAUUAAAAGAAAUUAAAUUGAAAGUA